GCAAGCCAUAAUUAAGUUUAUCUAGCUUUCUCUGUGAUUCAAAUCAACCCUUCUAGUUUUCUUGAAAGUUUCUAUAUUAUAUUAGAUCAUUCUUGUGUUUUCUGUUGCUGUCUCAACAAAAAUGUCAUCCCAAACACUAGAAAACAUGUUGGCUUACACAAAUAAGCCAGAGCAAGAAAAGAAACCAAGGCCAGCUGCAGAACAAGCACAAAAAUGUCCAAGAUGUGACUCAACCAACACCAAAUUCUGCUACUACAACAACUACAGUCUCACUCAACCUAGAUACUUUUGCAAAUCAUGUAGAAGGUAUUGGACUAAAGGUGGUACACUUAGAAAUGUUCCAGUUGGUGGUGGCUGCAGAAAAAACAAAAGAACAACCUCAAAGAAAAGCCAAUUAGAUCAUGAGUCUAUAGCCAACAGUACUAAUUAUCCACUGUCAUCUUUUACACCAUUGUCAUGUUAUGAUUCAAGUGAUUUAAGUCUAGCAUUUGCUAAGCUCCAAAAACAGGCAAGUGGGAAUUUGGGAAUUGAAGAAAAUGAUAUGUCAAUGAUGUGUAACAAUGUUUACUAUGAUGAUUUUCUUGGUGCACAAAGGGGUGGUUUUCUUGAACUAACCUCAAAUGGAUUCCACCAUAAUAUGUAUCAUGGGAUUGGUAAUGAUAUUGGAAACUUGGGGCAAGUUGAAAAUGGAGAAAUAAUGGGGUUAAAUGUGAGUGCAGAAAUGGGAAUGCUUUAUGAUCAAGAAAUGAUUUUCCCGUGGCAGAUUAAUGGAGAAGUGAACAAUAUGAGUGAUUUCGAAGAUUCAAACAGGCAAAACUGGAAUGGAUUUGAUUCUUCUUUUCAUGGACUUAACCAUAGCAGUCUCAUAGCAUGAAAACCGUUUUCUAUAUUUUAUUUUAUUUUAUUUUACAUGCCUUAAUUAAUGCGUGUAUUAUCAAUACAAUUAUUGUUAUUUAACCUUUAA